AUGUUAAUCGCUAGGAGAGAGUUUGCAGGGUAUGUUCAAGGACCAGCCCAAGAGCAGAAUCGACCAAUUGAGCAAGUCAAAAGAAAUCAAAAGCCGAAUCACCAUAACACUCAGCCCGUUCGAAUUAUAAAUGCCAUUCAUGGUCGACCUGAACGAGCCGAAGAGUCUGAAGAAUUGACCCGAACGCAUCUUCGACAAGCACAAAUGAAGAGACAAAUAGGCAGUGUUAACACUCUGCACCAACAAAGCUCAACAACGCCGAUAAGUUUGACAGUGGCUGAGUGUUUAGUACGAAGAGUGCUAAUUGAUCCGGGGAGUAGUGCAAAUAUCAUGCCAAUGGUCACUUUUGAUCGCCUAAAAAUCAAUCCAAAGGAGUUGAAGUCUACUGGAAACCCACUGUUGGGGUUUGAUGGCAAACGGGUAGAACCGAUCGGCACGGUGGCAUUGAUGGUCCGUGCAGCUGAAAGGAACCUUGUCGAAAGUUUCGUGGUGGUGGAAAUCCAUCCCUCUUACAAUCUGCUGAUGGGGAGGGGGUGGAUACAUAGGGUACAAGGAGUCCCAUCGACCCUACAUCAGGUGAUGAGAUGCAUAAGUCCAGAUGAGAGCAAGGUAAUAAAUAUCCAUGGAGAUCAGGUCGCAACAAAGGAGUAUUACUUGGUAACUCUGAAAGCUACAGGGAAGGGAAAAGCUCCUGCCCAGUCUGCUGAUGAGCAAUAG